AUGACAUCUACGCUGACACGAGAGAGAAUGUUGAUACCACCGUCCAGUGAGUUGGAUAGUGAGUCAUCGAGUGGUGGUGAUGAACGAGGUGAGCUGAGGAAACGUAUACGUGACGAUAAUGACACAAGCAGUCCAAAGAAACGGAGAAAGCAAACAACACCUGUACGCUUUCCAGCGUCUCUCAUGUCAGCUGGAGAACAAGCCGAGUCUGAAGAAGAGGAUGACGAUGAUGGUGAAGAGUUUGAAAAUAGUGUUAAUGUGAAAGGUAAAACGUUAGAUCGAUCAGCGUCUAUUAGAGAUGAAAAUUUAAAUUCAGAGUUUCGGUGUGUGUAUUGUGGACGUAUUUUUGAGGAUUCAGAAUCUGCAUCACAAUGUCGCCAUACAGAUAAUGAACUUAGCACAAGCAACCUUGCACAAUCGAUUGUUCUCACUGCAACAUCUCAGGGUCAAGUGCGUGUCAAACUCGAACAAGAGGAGCCUGAGAGUCCAGUAAAUCUUUCGAACUUUAAUAUAAAAAAUUUAGCAACUUCUUGGAUAUCUGGACAAACACAAUCACAAUUGUCACAAGAUUCAGAAUGGUCUAAUCAAAAUCCUGUUACAUCAGUUGCUAGUCAUCAAUCUGGUUUACCUUACCAUGUUAGUUUAUCUCAAUACCUUCCUCUGCCAACAUUUCCACUGAGUGACACUGGACAACUUCCUCGAGUUGGUCCAGCACCCAUUAGAAUUUUUAAUCCCGAUGCAUACUGUGAUUUGUGCAACAAAGAGUUCUGCAAUAAAUACUUCCUCAAAACACACAAGGCUAAUAAACAUGGGAUUUAUGUUGAUGCACCUUUGGGACAAAGUUCGAAUGAUAGCAAUGGAGCUCAAUUCCCUAGUACAUUUUUUCCAUCACCGAAUAUCAAACUAGAACAACAAACACAACAACAACCGAAAGUGGAAGUGAGUAUGACCAUUUCAACUCCAACUUUACUUUGUGACAUCUGCCAGAAGAAAUUUAAAAAUGAAGAAAUUCUUAAAAAGCAUAAACAAAAGGUUCAUGAAUGUCUUGACCAAGAUUCUCAAUCACUACAUUCUACAGGAAAUGAUGAAGAUAGAGAAAGUGGACGGUUCAGUCCCAGUACAAUGGAAGCUUUGAUGAAACAAGACUUUGGCAUUGAACAAGAAGAUGCAAAAUUCAUGCCAGCGCCAAGACAUCUUUCCCCCCAAUCGAUUCAGCAAGCAAGAGAGAGUGGUUUUAAUGCUGAUAAACUUCGUAAACUGGGUGUAUUAAAUCCAGAAGCUUUUUGUGAAAUUUGUUGUAAAGAAUAUUGUAAUAAAUAUUUCCUCCAAACGCACAAGAUGAAAAGACAUGGAAUAUUUACUCAAGACAACGAAAAGUCGCCAAAUACUCCUGGAGCUGCUGCUACUUGGCAUCAGAUUCAAACAAGUCCAUUGAAUUUAAUCAUGGCAAAUAAUCCAGCUGGUUCUGAAUCUAAUGAUAAAUCAGAAGAGUUUGAAUGUAAACGUUGUGGGAUACGAUUUCAAACUUUUGGACUCUAUCAAACGCACAAGUCAAAAUUCCAUGAAAAUGAUGGAGAAAAUUCACCUAAGCAAGACAUUGAAGAAGAACGUACUGAUUCUAUUUCUGAGGAUUUACAAAAACUUCAGACUAUGAUUUUACAGUUAAAUGGAUUAGAAUCAAGUAGGACUGUUACUUGUGGUAUAUGUAGUCGUGAGUGUGAAAAUAAAUUAGCAUUAAAAACCCAUAUGAGUUUAGAACAUGGAACAAGUGUUUUUGAAGAUCCACCAUCACCUUCUCAAUUAACAGAAAAUUCACAAACUACAAGAGACUUUACAAAUACUUCAACCUUUUGUACGUUGUGUGAGAAAGAUUAUAAAAACUUUGAAGCUUUAAAACAGCACAUUGCUGAAGAUCAUCAACAAAUCUCUCCUACCUCAGGCAAUUCCACUGUCAUCCAUACUCCAAAUCCAACACCAGCACCUGGACCACCAAUUCCUCCUCCGUCGGAUAAAAAAAUUACUUCAAUUACUCCAACAUCAAGUUACUGUGAGAUAUGUAACAAAGAACUGUGUAAUAAAUAUUUUAUGAAAACUCACAUGCAACGAAUGCAUGGAAUUGAAAUAGAAAAUGGUUCUCAAAUUGGUGGAGUUGUGUGUAAUAUUUGCAAUAAAGAAUUGUGUAGUAAAUAUUUUUUACGAGUGCACAAACACAACACUCAUGGAAUUAUUGAUGAAGGAAGUACGAGUAUUAAACCUGAAAGCUAUGAUGCUCCAAAUAUCCAAGAAGAUACCUCUUUGAAGCCAGAUCAACUAGGGGACUUAAGUCAUAGAUACUUUUCACAUUUUACUGAAGUUUGUCCUGUUUGUAGUCGAAGAUUUAGAAGCAUAAAGUGGCUAAAAGCUCAUAUGUUAGGAGAUCAUGGUAAAGUUGGUCAUGAAAAAUGGCGAGAGUUAGAACAGCAGUAUCAAAAUUCAUCAAAAAGUAGGCCAGCUUCAGCUAAUCGUCCAGCACCACCAAACACUAGUCUAAAAAUUCCCAACGGCCUAGAAAUCACUCAACAUCUCAAAGGUGGAGAUUAUCCAAGUCUAGGAAAUCAAGUUUUAUCAAGUCUAUUUGGAACAUCUGAAGAACAAUCACCUAAAAAUUAUCGUUGUUCUUACUGUAAUUUUUCAACAACAGUUCUACCAUUUUUGUUUCUGCAUGAGAGAUCUCACACAACUAAUCUGGAAAAUAUCAACUUGGAAAAUGGUCUACAGUGUCCCAUCUGUUCACAGACAUUUUCACAGACGGAACUGCUACAUCAUCAUCUCUUGACACGUCAUCAGUUUUCUGGGCUGCAUUCGCAGUUUUCAUCGGCUGUCAUCAACCCUCCUACAUUGGAUGGGAGCCAAGGGAGUCAGGAAAGGAAUGAAAUAGAACAGAAGGAACCAGAGGGGAAAGAUGAACCCAUUCAGGUUAGUCCUCAGGUUCAAGUAUCUUUAGAAUCGAAUAAAAAUAAACGUGAUGAACCUGCUCCUGUUUUGGUGACUCCACAAACCUCUUACCAAUGUGCUCAAUGUGGCUUUGCCACUGCUAACUUGAAUAGGAUAAAGAAACACGUGAAAAAAGAUCAUAAAACGAUGGGUGAUCCGACGGAGUAUGUGAUCGCUGAGCUUACGCGAACCCUGCGUGACGUGGCAAAUAAACAUAAAGUACCUGCCAGCUAUGCGAUUCCACAGGACUCAAGUUCCAAUCCAGAUGCUACAGUGAUGCAACCAUUUAUCAUUGAAGAGAGAGAUUGUUUUGGUGAUGAAAGCCGAUUAGAGCGUAAAUUUGCUCCUGUUCUAGUGUAUCUACCGGUUCGUACGAGAAUUAAUAAUGUCCUCACGGCUUCCUUUACUCUCAGUCCUGCUUAAAUCGAUUCUCAUUUAUUCUUGUGUCAAUAUUAAACAAAUUAACUUGCCUAUUUUUUUUGAUGAAACUUAAAUAAUAACUAUGAACACUCGGUAAU